AUGUUCACUCGUGUCGCUGCCUUCGCGCUCGCUGCGCUCCCCGCCCUUGCGGCCGCCACCCCCCUCGUGGCGCGCACGGACUCGUGCUCGACGGGCCCGAUCCAGUGCUGCCAGUCCACCGAGUCUUCCUCCUCCGCGGCGGGCUCUGCCCUCCUUGGGCUUCUCGGCGUCGUCGUCCAGGGCGUCCAGGGCCUCAUCGGCCUCAACUGCUCCCCCAUCAGCGUCGUCGGCGUCGCCUCCGGCAACACCUGCAACGCCCAGGCCGUCUGCUGCCAGAACAACAACGUCGGCGGCCUCAUCUCCGUCGGCUGCAUCCCGGUCACCCUCUGA